UAAGAGAGAAAUAUGAAUAUGAAGGCUGUUUUCAUGGUUGUGGCUGCAGCUUCACUGAUAUUGGUGUUUUCUAAUUUCAUUGAAGCCUCAGAAGGAAUGGAUGUUAUGCAUAUUACUGGGAAAGUUCUCUGCCAAGAUUGUACUCAGGGAUGGAAUGAAUGGGUUGAUGGUGCCAAAGCUAUCAAAGGUAGUGUGGUAUCUCUGACAUGCCUGGAUGAGAGGAGAAGAGUGAUGUACUACGGAAGUGACCUCACAGAUGAAGCUGGAAUUUUUGACUUAAUUGUCAAUAGGACUUGUCAUGGCAAAACAAUGAAGCCACAAAAUUGCUUUGUGAGAUUGGUUUCUUCACCUGACCCUGUUUGCAACAUUGCCACUGACUUUGCUGGAGGAAAAUCAGGCGUAAAGCUCCACCGUCCGGCGGUUGUUUACCGAGACUUGCUCAAAUAUGUGCUUAGCCCUUUCUACUACACAACUCCCAUGUGUGAUGAACCUGAUACCAAUGAUGAUGAUAAUUUGGAGACUGAUGAUGAUAAAGAUCAAAGCAACUAUUAA